AUGGAACCAGAAGAACCAGGAGAAACCCCCCUUUGGUCAUUUAAAGACAUUUUGCUACAUCCCGAGGACAAAACAGUAGCGAUUAAUGUGAUAAGCAAAGGGAAAUGCCUCUGCAUCCAGUUGUCCCCCAGAAACCUCGAAGAGACACCAGAAGUCCUUCAGGAAUACCUCGAGUUGAUGGAAGAUCAGAUGACACUCCAGGAAUAUCUAUCCCCUGAGACUUAUCGAUAUCAAGUAUAUGGCCAAGACGGUAAACUACAGCCGAAACUAUCGUCACAAUGGCUUUCGGUCCGACCAAAGGUUAUCAAAAUUGAAUGCCAAAGUAUGGUUGAAUCACUGUCUCAGUUCCCAAGAAAGGUCUCUGCUGCUGGAACUGUUUAUCAUUUCAAACCUCUACAUUCAGGAAACAAGCCUUCUGCUCUACGAGAAAUCAACAUCUAUAGGAAGCUGGACGAUAUUCUGCCCUGUGAUGGGAUCAGAGUUCCAGCUUUGCAUGGUGUUGUUCGCGAUGAAAGCGGCUCAGUACUAAUUGGGCUGCUUCUCUCGUGGAUUGAAUGCGGAACUGAGAACUUGGAAUGUAUUCUGAUGUCAGAUAUGUUUUUAUCCUCAAGCUUAAGAGAGAAGUGGCGAAUGCAAAUUACCACAACUGUGACAAAACUACACGAGGCUGGUAUCGUCUGGGGCGACGCUAAGGCCGCGAAUAUCUUAAUUGACAGCAAAGACAAUGCUUGGGUAAUCGAUUUUGGAGGCGGUUUUACAGAGGACUGGGUCGAGAAAUCUCAGAUGGACACAAUCGAGUGCGAUUUGACAGCUGUUGUCAAGAUUGAAGAACUUCUGCAGCCAGAAAAGACCCAAAAGAAGCGAGCCCUUGAAGAGAACGAUGGCACCCAGGCGACCAAGAAACCAUUCGAAGUUCGCGUGAAUGCAGUGGACUGUUGA